UCCAUGUUGAUUUGUGAUUGUGUGGUUGAAACACGUGUACUCUUCUAUAAAAAUUGACUUUUUGCAAAUGAUUUUACUUGUGAAUCUGCUCUGUACAUUCAUUUGAUUUAUCAUGUCAAGAAACCAUUGUAUAACAUAUUUGUCAUUUGUAUAAUAUUUAAGUUUUGUCUAUUGGUGGAGUCGGACGCUUCAGGGAACCUCAGAACCCAAGCUGAAUUACAGUGACAAUCCUUCCACUUUCUUCCUUUUUUGAGAAAUGGAUGGGAAGCUGACAGGUAUAGGAGUAAAGCAGGAGUAAACCUAUUUCACUACAGCAUAGGCAAUUCGAGACGUUUGAUCCCAAGUGAAAAACUAGUCAUGGCCAAAGUACGGAAUAAUAGAGGCCGAAAACGAGCGGGUCCAAAGCCGAAGCCUCAGACCCAAUCCAAACCUAAAAUGAAUCCUUUUGAGAUUCAUAUCAAUAAAUCAAAACAUCAGGUUCUAGGCAAAAAAGCAAAAAAUGCUGUUGGAUAUCCAGGAAUUGCCAGACACAAAGCCAUUCAAAAGAGGAAAGUUACUCUUCUUCAAGAAUACAAAAUAAAAGAUAAAGCCAACAAAUUUUUAGACAAGCGAAUUGGAGAGCGAAAUUCAGCAAUGACGAAUGAUGACCGCAUCAUGGCAAGAUUUACUGCAGAACGCUUAAAGGAGCACAAGACGAAGAAAUCAAUAUUCAAUCUUGACGAUGAUGCAGAAAUAAACGUUUUAACUCACAGAGGAAGAACUUUAGAAGACGUUGAGAAGUUUGAUGAUCCUCGCAGUGAUGAUGAGGAUGAAGAAAAUGUAGGAACUGCUGGUGGCCGCCUUGAUGCUGACUUUGUAGAAGAAGCUCACUUUGGAGGAGGUCUCUUGAGCAAAUCCAACAAACCAAAUAAUCAUCAAGAUUUAAUCGAAAAACUUAUUCUGGAAUCGAAGAAGAGGAAGGCUGAAAAAAUGAUGAAUAAGGAGAAAACACUGGAGUUGACACAAAAAUUAGAUGCCACAUGGAAAGAACUCAUUCCUUUGGUUUCUGCCUCAUCAAAAAAACCCGUAGAGGAAGCAACGAAGGACGUCGAAGGGAAAGAUAAAAAUUCUUACGAUAUUGCCUUACGUCAACUUAAAUUUGAAGCCCGUGGGCUGCCUUCUGACAAGCUAAAAUCUGAAGAGGAAAUCAUUCGUGAAGAGAAGGAGAGAUUAGAAAGUUUGGAGGCAGAGCGUCUACGGAGGAUGAAAGGCAUUGAAGAAGACAAGAAAGUUGAGAAACCUAAACAUCAAAGUGCUGAUGACUUGGAUGAUUGUUUCUAUGGUUCUGACAAUGAGGAUGAUGAAACCCUUACUUAUAAUAAUGAGGGAAGACCCAUAAGUGGAAUCUUGAAGAAGCUUAAUGCAGAAGCCGACGAGAAGAGUGCGAGAACAGGAUCUAGUUCCAGUGAGGAGAGUGGAGAAGAAGAUAGUGACUCCUCAGAUUCCGAGAAAGGAGAAGAAGGAGACGAAGACGGCAAUGAAUAUGAAGGAGAAGGAGGUGGAGGAGAAGAAAGCGACAGCAGCGAAGAUGAUCUCUCUGACUUGAAAAGCGAUUCAAGCGACGAUGAUGAUUCUGAUAAUGAAGGAACAGAAGAUGAUAAAUCUGAAAAUUUGGUAGGAAAUAAAAGAAAGCUUACCUCUGAUGAAAUAGUGCCGAAUAAAAAAACCUCUGCCAAGAAACUUAAGUCCAAUCAGUCCGCUGGAGAUGAUUCUUCCAAACCUGUCGAUGAUGGCAAAGCAGACUCUGCCAAGAAAGUAAGAUUUGGUGGAGUGCAUGAAGAAAAGGAGAAAAGUCCUUCAGCAGCUCUGAAAGUGGACCCUGCUGUUUUUGCUGAAAUUCUCAAAAGGAAAAAAUUGUUGAUGGAAUCCGCCAGGAAGGAAUUGCCAUAUACUUUUAAAGCACCUGAAAGCUAUGAAGAAUUAGAAAAUGUGCUUGCUAAUAGAACAGCUGAGCAGAAAGCAGUCAUAUUAGAAAGAAUGAUCAAGUGUAAUCAUCCAAGUCUCCUUGAAAGCAACAAAGAGAAAUUGAAAAACUUGUUUGCGCUCUUACUGCAGCAUUUGCACGACUUAGCUUCUUCGACCAAUCCAUUGGAAUGCUGGUCAACAUUAGAUUGUAUGGCUCCCUAUCUAUACGAUCUGUGUCAGUUUUGUCCAGAAAGUGCUGGUAACUGUCUCAGAGAAGUCAUCAAAGAAAAGCAAAACCCAUACCGGAAAUUGCAUCGAUCUUAUCCAAGUACUGAUUCGCUGCUUUUUUUCAAACUAAUCUCAUUGUUGUACCCAACAAGUGACCUUCGACAUCCUGUUGUCACACCUUGUAUUAUUUUAAUGCUUCAUAUCCUACAUCAGUGCCGAUUGGAGUCGAGAAAAGAUAUUGCAUCAUCACUUUUCAUCAUUGCUCUGAUUCUAGAGUACACUGAACUAUCCAAAAGGUACGCUCCAGAGGUUGUAAAUGUGAUCCAAGCUCUUCUCUCCAUGGCCUCACCUGAUGAAAAUCAUAAAGUGUGUCUUCCUGGUCUUCCAAGACAUAAAGUUUUAGUUCUUUCUGAAUCAUUUGAUAAAAAUCAGCUCUCUGCCAAUAAACUAGAAAUAACAAUGAAAGCAGUUGAUCUCAGCGAGGAUAGUGACAAUUUUGACGAUAAUUUCAAACUAAGAGUCCUUGCGACCAUUUUCAAGUUCAUUACGCAAUUUGCGUAUAGGUACAAUAGUCUUCCAGCCAGUCCGAUGAUAUUUGCUCCAAUCAAGAAUAGCAUUAACAAGUUGCAGGUGGAAAAAUAUCCUGAUUUUCUUUCUUCCCUAGUGGAAGAGUGCAACUCGGCUCUAGAAACAGCCAUCGACAAAAAAUUGGAGGUGUUGACGAAAGAAAAGGAAAAGCCAAAAAUUCUGAAACUAUAUGAGCCGAAAAUAGUGCCAGUGUAUGAUAUGAAAUUCUUGAAGGAAAAAGAAGGUGACCCUAAAGCAGAACAUGUCAAAUUACUCCGAACGUAUCGUAAAGAAAUGAAAGGUGCUAUGCGUGAGAUUAGAAGAGACAAAGACUUCAUAUCUAGAAUUAAAUUCAAGGAACAGGCCAAGAGUGAUGCAGAACGGCGGCAGAAAGUCAAGGAGAUUUACUCCUGGGGUGCUGCGCAGCAAGGAGAGCUCAAUCAGAUGGCUCGCAAGAAAAAGAAGAAGUGAUCCUCACAAUUGUACAAACGUUUGCUGGUCACCUGGAAAACGGGAUAUCAGGGAAUUCUCGAAAACUAAGAUCAACUUAUUUUUGUAUUGUAGCUGUAUUAGCAAGCAAAUGUGGCUUGUAGUGCUGUGCCGUUCUUUCACUCCCAUACACGUGAGGGGAAAGUCGAUAAAUUGGUUACCUUUUUUUUUACUUACCCCUCAGAAAAAAUGAGGAAAAUUUAAAUCUAUUCUUAAUCCCAUCUGAAUAAUUGAACAAGGCCUUUGAAUUGAUUUCUGAAGCCAUGCUUAGCAAUUUUCUGCUUAUUUUGGAAUCAUCAACUAAAAUUUUUCAAGCAUGAGGGAAUUAUUUUACUUUCAUCUGCUGGUACAGUUAACUUCCUCUGAAUCAAACGCUCUUUACAUGGAAUUUUCCUUUAAGUCAAACUUUCUUACGGCCCCAUCGAAUUUUUUAUAAGAAGUAAGAACAAAAAGCCCUCUAAGUGGAACUAACAAUCUGGUCCCUAUGCAGUUUAACUUAGAGGAAGGUAAUUGUAAAAUGCCAGCAAGUAUAGGCAUGAAACCUACUCACUGUCACCUCCUAUUGGUUUAUCUGACUUGUAUGCACAAAGCCUGUUUUGAAAAGCUUGUGUACAGAAGCUCUGUCAGUGUAUUAGAGUCACGCUAAGUCAGUCUACGCCCGUUUGGACAGUAGAAGAGGAUCGUCUGAUGUCAUUUUAGCAUCGAAAGAAAGUGCAAGUAUGAAGAUGACAGAUCUCCUUUGCAGUCUCCAAGUUGAUAGACCUAUUUUGCAUGGACUCUAAAUUCAGACUGCUUUGAGGACUGUUUCCCUACGCUGUUCUGCUGUAGCUUCUACAUUCCCACCUAUUCUUUUCGACAAUGGCUGAAAACCAUGCUCAGGAGUUGUUUUGUUUUUGUAAAGGUUAACCGUAAAGUUAACCUUCCAUCAAGUGCUCAUGUCUUAACAGCGUGAUUGUUACGUUAUUUUAAUGUAUGUAAUUUUCUAUUUGAAUAGAAUAUUUAUUCUACUUCAAAAGGAAUUUCCUAAUUGAAUUAGAUGAAGUUUUCGAUUCUA